GGGAUAAAUUCUUUUACAGGAGCGAGGGAUUUCACAGGAGCGGUGAGCAAAACCCGAGAGGUUGAGAAUUAGCGAGAGAGUGAGAGACACGAUGCCGUGCCUGAAUAUUUCGACGAACGUAAGCCUCGAAGGCGUUGAUACCUCCUCCAUCCUUUCGGAAGCCACCUCCAUCGUCGCUAAUAUCGUCGGCAAACCUGAAUCCUAUGUGAUGAUUGUGCUGAAGGGAUCAGUACCCAUGUCAUUUGGGGGGACCGAGCAGCCAGCUGCCUAUGGUGAGUUGGUGUCCAUCGGUGGCCUUAACCCUGAUGUGAACAAGAAACUGAGUGCUGCAAUUGCCACAAUUCUUGAGAGCAAGUUGAAAGUGCCCAAGUCUAGAUACUUCCUCAAAUUCUAUGACACUAAGGCACGCCAAACCCAAGCAUAUGCUCAGUGUUUGCAUGCUUUACACCAGAGUUAGAUCACGGUUCCAACUUUGGAUGGAAUGGCUCUACCUUCUAAAUUCUGGAUGGGAUCUAAACCGGUGUCUUGAAUUCUGAAGCGACUGACUCUGAAUUCAGGACAACUUUGUUAUUAAUAAUGUAUUUGGUAUCAUAGGUAUCUCUGUAAUUGUUGGGGAAGACAUAAUCAUUUCUUUUCAGUUUGUUGUUAGGUUUGAUAAUGUGAAACAGUUGUCUUUCUUAUUAUAUGCUACCUGGAGAAAACUUCUUUGGCAAUGGCCAAUGAAUGUUAUGUGAUGUUAUGGUACUUAAAAUCUGAUGUUUUUGUUAA